GAAGUGCAGAACAAGGUGCACAGGGCCCAGAAAGUCAUCCACCGUCGAAAGCGCGGGCGGGCAUUUGUGAAGGAGCAGCAACGGUUGGCCGUGAGGCGCGGCCAACUGCCGCGUUUCCGCGGCUUACGACUGGUUCGCAGAACACGUUUUUGCAGCAGAGUGCAGAGCUUGGACGCCUUCUUGUUGAAUGUUCCUUUGCUCCGGAAGCUUGUGGGAACGAAAGAGUUCAAGGAUGUCAUGGAACAGACCAACCCAAGAAAGCGAGACAGGCAAGAGUCUUCGUUGAGGACAUGGUCAUCAGACACCAUUUACCACCGGGCCACCCGCGCGCUGCACAUCACUGGACCGUGCGCUACAUUGACCAGGGUGGCUGGCAUGUCCGAUUUCUUUUUGGCCAGGUCCGCCUGGCUACGCUGCGAGCAGUCCAUUACAGAAGCUCAGGCAAAGUGGGAUUUUGUUGACCGCAAUGUGCAGGAGUCACAGGCCACAGUGGAGGAGCGAAAGAGGGCCUUGUUAGACGCUUUGUCAAAGCGUGGGCGUGCGUUUGGCACCCCGUACCACCAUUUGGCCUUUGUGCUCGAUGCUCGCAAGGUGUGCGGUCUUCAUGAAGCAGCAGCUGAAAGUUUGCCCUUCAAGCAGGCGUGGCAGGAGUCAUUGGCAGCUUCUUCACGGGAUGCGAUCUCUGAUUUCUGGUCUACCGAGGCUCGGAGGGACAAGUAG